CUACUCGGACUAGUGAGCCAGCCAGCCCCGCGCGCGGCGCACACGGCACCCCCUGAAUGACCACGAGUUUGUCCCCUGUCCGGAGGCAAAUCCUGCUUCCAUUAUUAUAAUUUGCGGUUCCAGGAUGAAUUCUCCGCAACCUCAUUGAACGAGGGCUGCAAAGCCAACCAACCACCCACGGCAAUCACAGCUCGUCUUCUUCUUCUGACGCUGAUAAGAUAAGAUGGAUGUAUACGUGACCGAGGGUCUCGUGAGGGUGACCGAUCGUGUCGCUGAAUUCGCCACUGGCAUUCCAUUCCGGAUCCAAAGAACCCGAAUCUUCCGAGGGAUGGAAGCCCUAUGCAAGGUCGAGUUUGUGGAACACACGUUCUGAAAGUUUCCUAUUGCAGCGGGAUCCUUCUCGCGGCCACCGCUUCGUAACACUGACUAAACCGUCGGACAGGGAAGCCAUUCAUUGCACUUGCUAACGACCAACCAUGUCCGCGCCGACGACCGUACCGCUCCUCCUCAACGGCGAAGAAGUCCUGUCUCCAUCCUCGUCGACGUUCCCCGUCGAGUCCCCCGUCUCCCACCAACUAUUAUGGUCGUGUUCGUCAGCAUCGCCGGACCAGGCCGCCGCUGCCGUGCAGGCAGCCUCAAUGGCGUUCCCCGUAUGGUCGAAAUCCCGCUCUGCCGAACGACGGAGGGUGUUUCUGAAGGCGGCGGAUCUUAUCGCCGAGCGCAGCGAAGAACUCAAGUUGCACAUGCACCAAGAGACGGGCAGCCCCGACGCCUUCUGCACCUUCAACGUCAUGACCGCGGCAGAGCAGAUGCGCGAUGCGGGAGGGCGGUGCAGUGCCAUUAUGGGCAGCAUUCCCAUGACGCAGGAUGAGGGGACGGCGGCGCUGGUGCUCAAGGAACCGUACGGCGUCGUGCUGGGCAUCGCCCCAUGGAACGCACCAUAUAUUCUCGGAUUCCGUGCCGUCAUCUAUGCGCUAGCGGCGGGGAACACGUGUGUGCUCAAGGGCUCGGAACUUAGCCCGCGCUGUUUCUACAACAUCGGGCGCAUUCUCCUCGACGCUGGGCUACCCAAGGGUGCUUUGAACGUGAUCUACACCCCUCGCGCAGAGUCCGCCGCGAUCACCACCCAACUUAUCAACUCCCCCGCUGUGAGAAAAGUCAACUUCACGGGAAGCAGUGCAGUAGGCUCUAUCAUCGGGUCGAUAGCGGGUCGUGCACUCAAGCCUUGUCUGAUGGAACUCGGUGGCAAGGCAGCGGCUAUCGUGCUGGACGACGCGGAUCUCGAGUUGGCCGCCUCCCAAUGCGCUGUUGGCGCAUUCCUGCACUCUGGACAAAUCUGCAUGAGCACCGAGCGCAUCAUCGUGCAGGAGUCCGUCAUCGAUAAAUUCCGACCGGCACUGCAGCAAGCAGUGGCAAAGUUCUCGCCUGCCGACGCACUGUCUCCAGUCCUCGUCCAGGCAGCGGCUGUUGACCGCAAUCGUUCUCUAGUCGCAGACGCGCUGAGCAAGGGAGCCAAACUUCUGCACGGCGAUCACACCGUGGACGAGAAACAUCCGGAGACGGGCCUUGCUUCGGGGACUCGUUUGCGUCCGCUGAUUGUGGAUGGAGUGACUGCGGACAUGUCGCUGUAUAGCCAAGAAAGCUUCGGGCCUAGCGUCAGUGUCAUUUCGGCGGCCAACGAGGAAGAGGCAGUCAGAAUUGCCAACGACAGCGACUUUGGACUGAACGGCGCUGUGUUCACACGCGAUCUGGCGCGCGGACUCAGAGUCGCAAAGCAACUGGAAUGCGGGUCCAUCCACAUCAACUCGAUGAGCGUCCAUGAUGAGGCCAACCUCCCUCACGGCGGCGCCAAGAACAGCGGGUGGGGACGGUUCAAUGGCCAAUGGGGAAUUGAGGAGUUCUUGCGGCUCAAAACAGUGACAUACAAAGAAUAACCUUGUCUGUGAAGGAUACAAGUUGUAGAUCUAAUCCCGUCAAAACGUCGUCUUCGACAACGGACUGGCUGUCAUCGAAGAUGAGCGUAUGGUCGUCACUGUCGUGCCCUUGCCAACCGGUAUCGCAGGAGGCUUACGUCGUUUGGGCGUGGGCGGUGGCGGUGGCGUCCGACGAUGGGGCGUUGGCUGAGUGACAUGGACUUGCAGAUGCACAGGGCUCGACGGCAAGGAUGAUCCACUGAAACUCGUCGCAAUGGACGACGGAACGGUCAUUGAGCUGGCGCUUGGGUCGUGAGUUGAUGGAGCCCGGUGUCGAUUUGCGUGAGAACCAUCCACGAUUCCAGAGUGGGCGCUCCCUUUCCGAACUGGAGCCGGCAGGACUGCGGAUGCCACGAGAUUGACCGAACUCGCGUUGCUGGGUCUUCUCGGAGCAUCGGUCGAGGAACGAGACGCGGGCUGGCCAGCAGCCGCUCCUGGUAGAAAUUCAACACUCUUGCUGCUCCUGAGGCUCCUGCGCCCUUGAAGAUCCAGGGGCGACGGGGUGUGUAGAUGAGACUGGGGCGCAGAUGCUUCGCUGGAGCCUCUCCUGGCUUCCUCCGCAGGAGGCGAUUUGCGGAGAUGGACACACCAAUCCCACUUAAGCAUCGCUCCACAAGCCGUCUCGUGGUCGGAUUGAUAUCCCGCACACCGGCAUUCGAAAUCAGCCCUUCCAAGGCCAGCACGAUUUGCGGCCGCUUGUACGGGAUUUCUCGGAGCUGCGUUUUUGUCAAAAGCGGAUGAAGAACACGUAGAUAGGUGUGCCGGAGCUAGUGCAAAGUCAGCUGUUCGCCACAUGCAUUGUCGCUGGUCAUACGCACGGAUUCACUAUCAUCAUCCAGGUCCGUGAGCUCUCUCAGGAAGACAUCCACCAACACGCAGAGAUCGUUCGUAUAAAAGUAUUCCGAAGUCCCUUUGGUCGUAAAUAGCAGAUACAGCAGCUUCAAGACGAGCAGCUGCAUGCACAAGUCUUCAGGGGUAUGCUCUAAGAUAAAUUAGAUUGCUUCCGCAAGCAAAGACAUGACCGCACCGGCACGAUUGAGCAUAAAGAUCAUAUUCUCCCCAAAUGUCUUGCUCGAUCCCAGUCUCCUCAUCAAGAUCCGCAGAACCCGGUUCGCGGGUUCAGAGGAGGAGGGAUGCUUGUCCGAGUGGUGCUUUUCCGAUUCAGAAGGAAGAGAUGCGACCAUGAAUU